UCUGUGCUUUGUUCCAAUAAUGUAAUAAACCUGCAAAGAAUCACAGUUUCCUGUUUCUACUUAUUUUGAAUCUAACAACAGUUUUGUAACUAAAUAAAAAUGGCAUCACCAACAAAAAGUGGAAUACCAUUAUCUGUGAUUAAUCCACAGUUCCUGCAUACAAACUCCACUAGCCAUAAGUGGCCAUUCAGUGCUGUUGCAGAACUGAUUGACAAUGCUUAUGACCCAGAUGUCAAUGCAAAACAAUUGUGGAUCACUAAAACAGCAGUCAAAGGCCAGGACUGCCUCAUCUUCAUGGACAAUGGAAACGGAAUUGACUAUGAUAAGAUGCACAAAAUGCUUAGUUUUGGCUUCAGUGAUAAGCAAGCGGUCAGAGGCCAUGUUCCAAUCGGUCUUUAUGGGAACGGCUUUAAGUCAGGCUCCAUGCGCUUGGGGAAGGAUGCCAUCGUGUUCUCAAAGAAAGCCAACAUCAUGUGUGUGGGUCUUCUGUCACAAACAUACCUCAAGAAGACAGGUGUAACAACUGUCAUAGUGCCUAUUGUCAUGUUUACUAAGACAAGACAGCGUGUCGGUGCUACACCAGAGCAUGCAGAGAGUCUUAAUGAUAUCAUGACAUAUUCUUUGUUUAACACUGAGGAAGAACUGUUGUCUGAGUUCACUGUCAUUGAAAACCUAUGCACCAACUCAAGUGGAACACGCAUCAUCAUCUGGAACCUACACAGAGGAUCUUCUGGAGAGUUAGAAUUUGAUUUCAAGAAGGAUCCCUAUGACAUCCGGAUCCCUGUUGAUGUGUACGAGAGCACUAGGGCACAAACCAGGCGGCAAGCAGGGAGUUGCAUUUCAGUGCCUAAGAGUGAAUAUUCACUACGGGCAUACUGUAGUAUUCUAUACCUGAAGCCAAGAAUGCAGAUUAUCAUCCAAGGGCAGAAAGUGGAAACUCAGUUUGUCACAAAGAUUCUAGCAAAUGUCUUCACAGACAAAUACAAACCUGCUGGUCUUAAAAAGGGAAUAACAAUCACAUUUGGCUACAACACAAAGAGCAAAGAUCACUACGGAUUGAUGAUGUACAACAAAAACCGCCUCAUCAAAGCCUAUGAGCGUGUCGCCUGCCAGCGUAAGGCUAAUGGCACAGGAGAAGGAGUUAUCGGGGUGUUAGAGUGUAACCAUCUCACACCAAUUCACAACAAGCAGGACUUUGAUAAUAAUGAAGAAUACAGGAAAACCAUGAUAAGUGUAGGUAUGAAGCUUGAGCAAUAUUGGAAGGAAGUUCACUAUAGACAUAAGACACGCAGCGAUGAACCGUUUGAGGAUACUUUAUCAACUCCUGAUCAAACCUGGGUUCAGUGUGAUGAUUGUUUGAAGUGGCGAAAACUUCCAGAUUGUAUGUAUGGAAAAAAGACCCCUAAAAAUUGGUUCUGCCACAUGAACGCUGACCCUCAAUUCAGGAGUUGUACAGAUGAAGAAGAGCUUGAGGAUUCUGAUGAUGAACAACCCAAAUCGUGGAAAACCUACAAAAAACAUGAGCGAACCCAGAAGCGGCAGCAGGAGAACAGACAGCAGAGCCCAGUGACACCCAGACCUUCUGAUACUUCAGCUGUCAUUCUGGACACAUCUCUCUCUACUACUCCUAAAAGGAAAAACAAAGCCUUGGACAUAAUUCAAGAGAAAUCUGAGAAGAAACUUAGAACAAAAGGUUUUGACAAAAUCAUACCGGAUUCUCCUACCAUGAUGAGUCCUGCUAGUGGUUCUAAUACUGCUGACUGCAAAGACCUUAAAACAGCACUGGAUGAUGUGAUUUUCGUGAGCACGAGUGACGAAAAGAGCAUUCAAUUUACAAAGUCCAGCUCUGGGGACCAGCAGAUUGACAAAGGGCAGUACCUGAAGCAGCUCGAAGAUAAGCUACGGAAGCUAAUAAAAUUGCUGAAGACAGAGAAAGUGGACACAAAGAUAGAUAGUCUAGAAUAUGAGAAGUGGACAAACAGCUGUGAGAGCCUGCAGAAAUGUUUAGAAGAAAGUAAGAUAAAACGUGAAAAGGUGGAGGUUACAACAGAAGAUUGUGUAGCACCUUCGAGAGAAGCCUCCAACCCAGGAAGAGGAAAAGAUUCCCAGUGGAUAAGGAAGAACCAGACACAGGACAGAUCAGAAAGGUUUACAGAACUCAGAAAAAGAAUGACACGUAUCUUGGCCACUUUUGUUCCUGUUCAAGACCUUGAGAAGGUUAUCGAUCAGAUUCUUACUCAGGAUAUAGAUGAGAUGUCCUCUACAGGUUUAUCAUUUGCAGAGAGUCGUUCGAAAUCUACACAGCACUGUCACACCAAACAUCACUCAGCAGCCACAGAUCCUGAAUUAGUUCAACACUGUACUAACAGUAGUGCAUACAGGUUUCUGUGCUCUCAUGCUGGUGUGUUUUUCUGUAAAAUGACCAACAUUUCUUUUGAGAUGAAAGGGAGUGGAGAAGUGCUGUACACAGUAGUGUCCUGGGAUGACAAUCAGUUGCUUGGCAUGGACCAGUUCAUGCCUGCAGGGCCCCUGUAUAACAUUAACUGCUCCGAAGAUUCAAUUCGUUAUCUGCACCUUCCACACUGUGAGAUACCUACUGGUAAAAAUGAGUUUGAACUGUCUGUGGCACAUUUCAGUGAGGGUAAUGUUGAGAUCAUUCAGCCCCUGAAUAUAACAAGCACACAUGUGAUUUUUGAAGUUCAUGGUCUCUCCAUCUUUGGCCUGUUAAUAAAAAGGUGGUUCUUUGAAAAGCCCAUCAAUGCCCAAGUCCUUCUCUUUUAUAAUGAAAAGCGCAAAAAACUGCACAUUCAUUUGCUGCCAGUAAAUGUGUCAGUUGAAGAGGUACGGAAAUUAAAUCCGUCCAACACCUACAUUCAGUGCAGCUCCCUGUGUCAGCUGACCCCUGGUAAAAAAUACAGACCACUCUGUAAGCCUUAUUCUUACCAGCCAAAGGUUGAGACAUUUGGCUGUGACUAUGGUCCUAACCAUCACAUCACAUUUGAGGUGAUCCUUAAUAACAAGGUUGAAGACCUCACAUUGGGUCUGUUAGAUGAAAGUGGCCAGGAGGUGUGGGAACCUCGUCGGGUCUUUCUUACAGCUGAGAGUAAAGAAGCAGAUCCAGCAGAAAAAGAUAAAGGUGCUGAAUUUGUAGAUAAACACAGAGACAUACUUAUACAGAGAGUUUUUCUGGUAUUGGAAAUAGCAGACACUCUACUUACCAAGAAACUCAUCAGAGAUGAACUGUAUAAUGAUAUCAAGGAGGCAACAACACCACAGAAAAAAAUGAGGAUACUGUACAGUUGUCUUGACUCAGGAGGAAAAGCUGUCAAAGCAGAAUUCUAUAAAAUCCUUAAGCAGAAGCAGCCUGAAAUAGUGAAUGAGCUGGAUCCUAGAUCAAAUUAUGCAUAGAUGAUCAAAGAAGACUUUUACAUGACCUGAAAUGUGAAUGUAAAAGUUAAGACUCAGGUAGUGAUUUAUACAAGCACAUACUCAUUUUGUUAAUUUUGCUGGAAGAAUUCUACAGAACACAAGCAAAUCUUUAUUGAUUUAUAUAAUGGAUGCACAUCAUAUACAUUUUAUACCAUUUUAUAUAAAAAUUAGCCAUUCAAAUUUUUUGACAAAACCUUUCCUUUAAUUUGUUUUUUGUACUUUUUUUUGUGCUUAAAAUGAAAUGUGUUGAAAGUAAAUUGGCAUAUGCACACACCCUAUUGCAUGCCCAUGCUUGAAGAAAAGGCAUAAACAAUUAAAGUACUAUGUCAUAUAACAAGUCUCUCUUUUUUCCACUUUAGUAGAUUUCCUGGUAGUGAAAUACAUUAAUAUAAAUAUAAUAUAUAUUAUAAUGUUAAUAUAAAUUAAUGUGGUUUGGUCAUUUUUAACUUCAUAUCUCAUCAUCUUUGGAAGAGAGUUUUGGUGUCUACUACUGUUCCUAGAAAACUUUUAUUUAAAUAUUGAUUUUGUAUUCAUAAUGAACUUACCCAAUCCAGAUAUUUAAGAUUUUAUAUAAUAUUUUUUUAAGAUGUGUUGUAUUAAGGUUGUCUAUGAUCUCAGUUAGAACUAGGGACCAGUUUUGACCUUUUGUCAGAAAUGAAACAGAAAGUGUAGAGCUGUAGGCUUUAAGCUACUGUGCAGAAAUCUACACAGACGGAGCACAGAGCUGUACACGAUAACUGAAUGUCCAUUUAGAAUCCUUUGUAGUGAACCCAAACAAAAAGGAGUCUCCUACUGCUUCAUAUGAAGCUAUAUACUAUAGAUACAUGACAUAAGUAUAACUAGAAUUUACUCUAACCACUGUUGUGGAAUAUACUGUAAUCCUCAGAGGCUUUGUAAACAAUGAAGAAUUUUUAUUAAACAACCAAAUGAAUUUUA